AGCCAACAAAAGAAGAAGACGAAGAUAAUUUUAGUGUUUAGCCAAAAUAAAAAUAAAAAGAUAAUUCCAGUAUUAUAUUCUGAUUAACAAAAGACCUAAAUUUCACUAAAGAGAAUUAAUCUUUUGGUAAAAUAAAAAAAAAGUAAAGAAAAUUAUCUUCUUUAACUUUUUGUUUUUUUUUCACCUAUGAGUCAGUUUGGUCCCUCUCUCUCUCUCUCAUUGUGGACAUCUUUUCACCAUCGCACAAAUAACAAGCCUCCCAACCCCGAUCGACUUAUCCUCCUCCUUCUCCGGCGAAAUCCAUUAACUCUCCGCCGCGAAAACCACCUUUCCAGAGUAGUAUCACACUAAGAAUUCUAAUGUUGAUCCGCCAUUAUUGAAGCUUCUAAUUCUCGUUAAUAACCAAAAACCCAAGUCGAUUUUCAAGUAGCGCGGUAGUUAGUUUUAGGUGGAAGAAGAAUGACAACUACUGGGUCUAAUUCUAAUCACAACCACCAUGAAAGCAAUAAUAACAACAAUAACCCUAGUACUAGGUCUUGGGGCACGGCGGUUUCAGGUCAAUCUGUGUCUACUAGCGGCAGUAUGGGCUCUCCGUCGAGCCGGAGUGAGCAAACCAUCACCGUUGUUACAUCUACUAGCGACACUACUUUUCAACGCCUGAAUAAUUUGGACAUUCAAGGUGAUGAUGCUGGUUCUCAAGGAGCUUCUGGUGUUAAGAAGAAGAAGAGGGGACAGCGUGCGGCUGGUCCAGAUAAGACUGGAAGAGGACUACUUUGUGAAAAGGUGGAAAGCAAAGGAAGGACAACUUACAAUGAGGUUGCAGACGAGCUUGUUGCUGAAUUUGCACUUCCAAAUAACGAUGGAACAUCCCCUGAUCAGCAACAGUAUGAUGAGAAAAACAUAAGACGAAGAGUAUAUGAUGCUUUAAACGUCCUCAUGGCUAUGGAUAUAAUAUCCAAGGAUAAAAAAGAAAUUCAAUGGAGAGGUCUUCCUCGGACAAGCUUAAGCGACAUUGAAGAAUUAAAGAACGAACGACUCUCACUUAGGAACAGAAUUGAGAAGAAAACUGCAUAUUCCCAAGAACUGGAAGAACAAUAUGUAGGCCUUCAGAAUCUGAUACAGAGAAAUGAGCACUUAUAUAGCUCAGGAAAUGCUCCCAGUGGCGGUGUUGCUCUUCCUUUUAUCCUUGUCCAGACUCGUCCUCACGCAACAGUAGAAGUGGAGAUAUCAGAAGAUAUGCAGCUCGUGCAUUUUGAUUUCAACAGCACUCCAUUUGAGCUCCACGACGACAAUUUUGUCCUCAAGACUAUGAAGUUUUGUGAUCAACCGCCGCAACAACCAAACGGUCGGAACAACAGCCAGCUGGUUUGUCACAAUUUCACGCCAGAAAACCCUAACAAAGGCCCCAGCACAGGUCCAACACCGCAGCUGGAUAUGUACGAGACUCAUCUUCAAUCGCAACAACAUCAGCAGCAUUCUCAGCUACAAAUCAUUCCUAUGCCUGAGACUAACAACGUUACUUCCAGCGCUGAUACUGCUCCAGUGAAAUCCCCGUCUCUUCCAGGGAUAAUGAACUCCAGCAUGAAGCCGGAGAAUUGAAACACGUAUGAAGGCCCCUUGUACAAUUUCUGUAAAACUGUAAAGUAGCUCUUGAAAAACUUUACCUGGUUUUUUGACGAAUAGUCUGUUUAGCGGUAAAUGUACCGGUGGUUUAUCGAAUCUAGGAUCCUUGUCGGGUUUAGCGAUUUUAAGAAUCUUUGCCAUAGGAAAAAAAAAACACUUUGCUCUGUGGUGUAGAAAUGAAUUUUAUUAACCAUU